GAAUUGACUUAAGCCGCCCUCUUAGUUUGGACCGAAGACCCCACACGAUGUCAUAACACUUGGAUACUUUGUUGGAUUGCCCAGUUCACAUUUGGUCAAACUCCUUUCAUGCUUCCGGAUCUAGGUAAGCUGAGCAUCCAUCCUUUUUCUUUCCCUGCGAUAACAGUAAUGAUAAUGGUCUGAACAGGAAGCUGACAAAAAGAAUAUGAGUAAGGCCUUUAAUCAUCAGGAUUACAGCUCAUCCACAAGGAAAGAAGAAAGAUCUCUGUGAUAGCCAACACUGUGGGUAAGUGACUCAAACUUCCGUCCUCUCGUGGAAUAUAACUUUUAGCUUUAGAUUGGUCGUUUUGUGCAUUGGGAUUAGAGCCUCCCCAGUAUCAUUUUGCAAAUAUACCCAGAUAUUGCAAAUAUAUGUAGAGGCCUCCUGUCGAGGUUUUUGGUUUUGUUACAGUAUGUUAUUAGAUGCCUUGUCAUUGCAGCAUCGGAUACCCCCAGUAUUGGCCCCGUGGGUUCCCUGGUACAUGAAUUGCCAUAGCGUUAUUCUCUGUUGUUUCUCAGGUUACAGUUUGAAUUCUUUGACCCUGAGGAUGGAGAAUUGAGAAAGUGAUAGUGGAAUUUGAUAAGGAUAGCUUGAGGGGGCUGGCGUCUGGGCAUUGUUUAGGCAUCUGGGUAUGAGAGAACUUUGAGAAAAAAAUUGAGAUCGGGAAAAGAGUGUUUUUGACCAGUUAGAAGGGAUUGUCUGUUGAUCUGGGUCUGGUUGGGGUUUAGUCAUCUGGGUUUCGGAAAAACCUUAAGAAAUUCACUGGGUUUAGGCUCUGAAGAGAGAAAAGAUUCCACUUUUUUGUCUCUUCUAGGAGGAAGGAAUCUUUUGAAUUUGUUGAAAGGGUUUUUGUGCUGUUUAGAGUGUGGAGAUUUCUCCUAGAUCUGGUAGGGGAAGCAUUGAUGCGUUUUGGUCGAAGAGAAUUGUGGAAUUUUUGUAUUGGUAUUGGCCCUAGAAAAUUGAAGAUGAACUUAGUGUUUAGUUUUGAUCAAGGGAUAUGAUUCUGGGGAAGGAAUCUUUUAAGUUGUAAAAUAAAUUUGUGAAUUUAUGUGUUGUUUGAGGUUCAGAACCCUCUCCUAGAUCUGGAAGGUUGUCGUUGGUGUGUUUUCAUCUAUGAGAAUUCAUUGGCCCUAGUGAUAAAAGAAAACCAUUCUACUGUUUAGCUUGUACUUAGAUGAUUGCCUAUUCUUACUAUCUGUGAAAAGGUGUGUCUCUUGGCUGUGAUAUGGAGCCUCAACCACCAGGUUCUCCUAGAUGUGGCAGAGGUGAUAGUAUAUCAAAGUUUUCACUCCUUGGGCAGCAGUUCACUCGUUAUGGUUCUGCUCCUGCUCAACACCAGGGCCAAUCUUCUCAAGCGGCACCAUCGGUAGGUUUCUCAUUGGUGCCUCCAUUGACUCAGACUCAUGCUGCUUCGCAUGGUCAGAUGGGAAAUCCUAGCCAUGGUGGAAGCAAUGGUGGGAAUAGUGGACCAGGUAGAUCAUUCUCUAAUAUUCAGCAUCAUCAGCCAGGUCCUUAUAGCUUAAUAAUGUAUGGUGCCCAUGACACAAGCCAUAGUAAUUUUGAGGGCAACAGUGAUUCAAAUGGGAAUCCUGCUCAAGAAUGUAGUCCUCAAGUUUUAUUGAACCUUCUGUCGGUUCUUCAACAGAAAAUCCAGGAGCUACAGUCUGUGGUGCAAUUUAUAGCCCAAGGAGAUGGUCAUUCAGGCAAGUCAUCUACUGCAAUGGCUCGUCAGCAGGUAAUUGCACAAGUGACUUCGAUAAUAUCUCAGUUGAUAGUGGCUGCCGCUAGCAUGCUCCCUUUUCCUCAGCAGCAGUCUGUUCUGAACUUAUUUGCAACAACAUAUCCUGCAGAUCUCCAGCAAGUUCGUCUUGUGGGGACUGGUCCUGGUUUGGGGUUGAAUUCCUUUCAGCAAAAUGGAGCUGGUAACUCAUCGAUGAGUACAACACCUGGUCCUACAAGUGCAAAUAAUUGCUUUAGUCUUCAAAGUGGUUUUGGAGCACCAGGUAUGGAGGGUCUGGGGACAAUUCCUCAGUCGUUACCAUCUCAGCAUUCACUUGGAUCCAACUCUGUAAAUGUGCUUGGUGCACCAAUUAAUCCUGGUAAUAAUAAGAAGAUGCCUGUUGGAACCACAGAUACAAGCAAUUGUCAGAAUGGAAAUGGGACAACCAAUCACAGUGGAGAUUCCUUGUUUACAGCACAAGGUUCAGGAGGAGGAGAGGGUUCACUUGAUGACAAUGAUACCGCUCUAGCUGCGAGAGAUGAAGAUGAUGAUGGUGAGUCAGAAAACCUUCCCCCAGGAUCUUACAAGCUUGUAGAAAUGGAUAGAAAUGAGAUUCUAGCGGAACACACACACUUUUGUGAAAUUUGUGGUAAGGGUUUCAAGAGGGAUGCCAACUUGCGAAUGCAUAUGCGGGGCCAUGGUGAUGAGUACAAGACUCCAGCAGCUCUGGCCAGGCCAGAGAAGGCUCAGGAUUCAGCUCCUGUCCAGCCAAGGCGAUAUUCUUGCCCACACGAUGGGUGUAAGAGAAACAAGAAACACGCAAGAUUUCAACCCUUAAAAACCAUGCUUUGUGUCAAAAAUCAUUACAGGAGAAGCCAUUGUGCUAAGAUGUACACAUGUAACAGAUGCAAGAGUAAGAAAUUUUCAGUUGUAGCAGAUCUUAAAACCCAUGAAAAACACUGUGGUCGAGAUAAAUGGCAGUGCUCUUGUGGCACCACAUUCUCCAGAAAGGACAAACUUUUUGGACAUAUUGCGCUUUUUCAAGGUCACACUCCGGCCUUUCCUCCUAAUGAAUUGGAAGGGAGCAGAUCAACGGAUCAAAUGGGAGGCAAUGGAGUAAAACACAACAUUAGUAACUCAGGAACAGCCUUUGCAAAUUCCUGCGGCAGUGUUUCAGGAAUGCUGGCAGGUCCAGAUGUUGUUAGUUGCAGCUAUAGAAAUGGUGACACAACUUGCAUUGACCCAGGAACAAAUAGAACACUAAUAGAAACAGGUAACAGGUCUGUUCAUGCUCAGACAGGGCUUAAAAAUAUUGGCUUUUCAGAGGAAGGUAGUGCACAAAAUAUCGCAGUGGAUACUUCAAAUCCAAUUGCUGGUUUUCCUUCUCCAGCCUCGGGUCUUAUAGCAGGGCCAUUUAUGUUCCCAGGUCUGCUCUCUAAUAAUUUUCUUCAACAAACUGGAGGGAAUUAGAAUUCCAGUCUGCUGUGUUGCGUGCCAAUACCAAUGGAAUUUUGGAUUGCAGUCACCAUGGAGACUGUUAAUCUUGAACUUUGCAACAUUAAUAAUGAAGGGGCAGGUAGGAACAGGGAAUACUAUUUCAGAUUUUCAAGGUGUUUGAUCUUAGCAGUGCAAACGUAAAUAUGUCUGGUUUUCAUGCAUGCAUUGAAAUGUUAAAUGGAAGGAAAAUGAAUUCCGGUAUUGUAAAUGAAGUUCUAUGUUAUCUGUCUCUUUUACAAUAUACAUAUUUUGACUUGCACGUAUAUUCCUGAGGUAAGAGACUAUAAUUUUUGUGGGAAGAUAUUAAGCAUUGUUUAUAGUUCUGGUAACAGCAAGUUAUCCUUGCUUUCUGUACCAAUGAAAUUCCCAAUGAUUUUGAUAUGAUGAUUUCUGUUGUAAUC